CAAACAUGACCUUAUUUUUUAAAUUGGUUAUGUAUUAUUUUUUGAUAUAAUUUUUUGUUUUAAUCUGUAAAAAUUUAUUGUACAAUGAACUCCUGCAGGUCGUUCAAAAAAGUAACACACGUCAUUUUUGAUAUGGACGGUGUUAUUUUAGAUACUGAAACAUUAUAUACGAAAGCUACUCAAAAUAUUUUGACCGAGUUCGGUAAAACCUAUUCAUGGGCGGUAAAAGCUCAAUUGAUGGGCCUGCACAGCAUGGAGAGUGCCAAAAAAUUAGUCGAAAUUUAUAAUUUACCAAUAACACCUGAAGAAUAUUAUUCGUUAGCUCAAAAACAAUACCUCGAGCUCAUGCCUAGUUGUGAUUUGAUGCCAGGCGCUUGUAAUUUGAUAAAACACCUUAAACUCAACGGUAUUCCCAUUGCUGUGGGCACAUCUUCAUCAAAGGAGAGUUACGAGCUCAAAACGAAACACCAUAAAGAUUUAUUUUGUUUGUUUAAUCACGUGGUAACGGGUGGCAGUGAUCCUGAAGUGAAGAAAGGAAAACCAAAUCCAGAUAUAUUUUUAGUUUGCGCAUCUAGAUUUCCUGAUAAACCUUCCCCAGAAAAAUGUUUGGUUUUCGAGGACGCCCCGAAUGGAGUAAAGGCAGCUUUGAGUGCUGGAAUGCAAGCUAUAAUGAUCCCAGACGAGAACGUACCACCGGAACUCACGAAAGAAGCUCAUGUAGUGAUUAAAUGUUUGGAUGAUGCACCACUCGAAAAAUUCGGGCUACCUAGUUUGAAAAAGUGAAAUUUAUAGAAAACUUUUUAUAGUACAAAUAUAUUGAAUUUACUAUUA